AUGCCCCCCAUGACUCGCCGCCGUCGAAGGCCGGCUCUCUCCUGCCGCGAGUGCCGGCGCCGCAAGAUCCGGUGCGACCACAAUAGCCCGUGCACGCACUGCGUGCGUAACCAGUCGGAGUGUGUGUACCGGCCUUUUGCCGAUGAUGGCCCGGUCGUUGUUGCUGCUGCUGCUUCGGAAUCUCUUGCCGCCGCCAGAGCUGCCGGGGCCACAGCAGCAGCAACAACAACCACAACAACAACCGACGCCAGUCCAACCCUCCUCGCCCGCUCCGAAGCAGCCAGCGUCGCGCCAACCCGUGACCGCGACCGUGACCGUGACCCGGAGGCAAACCCGGACCCUCAUCUCGACGAUGACCAUGACCACCACCACGACACCAGCAACUGCAACCGCACCAGCAACUGCCACCGCGGCCCCGACCGCAACGACGGACCCCUGAGCAACCAGUCCCACGGCUGGCAGCCCGAGCUCAAGGUGCGCGAAUGGGGCCGCACGCGCUGGGUGGGCGACUCGCCCGAGUUUGCGACUAUCAUUAGCUGCUAUGCCGAGAUCAUGGGCAAGACGACCGCCAACACUACGUUCCGCCGGCCGGAGACGGCUGCCCUGAUUGCUGAGGCGAGCGCUGCGCUGCAGGGGUGUAAGGCUGUGGCAAAGGGGAUGAAGGUUGUGAGGCCUACGAGGGGGCAGCAGCAGGGCAUGACUGGUCAAAAUGCGGUGGUGAAUCCGGGACUGCCUAGUAGAGACGUAGCCGGGGAGAUGGCACGGGCGUACUUCGCCUCCUUCGAAUCUACCCAUCGUAUCUUGCACGCACCAACCUUCUGGGCCGACUUCCACCGGUACUGGGCCGACCCAACCGGUGUCACCGACGAAGUGCGCCACACCAUCUUCCUCGUCGUCGGCAUCGGCUCCAGCAUCCACCACUCCCCCCACGCCACAGCCGCAGCCGCCGCCGCCCAGCACAACACCGACGCAGUGCACCACUGGAUCUACGCCGCCGAAACCUGGCUCUCCGGCCCGCUGGAAAAAGACCGGCUGGACGUCGCCGGCCUGCAGGUACACUGUCUCGCUAUCCUGGCGCGGCAGAUCUUUUCCAUCGGCGGCGACACAGUGUGGGUGUCGAUGGGCUCGCUGCUGCACAGCGCGAUGCAGAUCGGCAUGCACCGCGACCCGCGGCAUCUGCCGGCCAUGAGUGUACUGCAGGCCGAGUUACGCCGGCGGCUGUGGGCGACCAUUCUGGACCUGAUCGUGCAGUCGUCGCUGGACGCGUGGAUGCCGCCGCGGAUUGCACUGGACGAGUUUGAUGUCGAGGCGCCGGCGAAUGUGGACGAUGAUGAGAUGGACGAGACGACGACGACGGUACCGGCGGCCGCGGGGACGGCACUUAAACCGUACUCGCACCCGCGGGACGUGGUCACCGACACGUCGGUGCAGCUAGCGCUGCUGGACUCGUUGCCGACAAGGCUGCGGAUUGUGCAUUUUCUGAACAGCUUCCGCAAGGACCGGUCGUACUCGCGGGCGUUGGCCCUGACGGCGGAGCUGACGGACUCGAUCCAUGCGAAUACGGUGUUCUUUUCUCAGGGGAUGGCUAACCAGGAGAAGAGAAACAAUGCCUUCCACCGCGACAUGCUCGACUACCUCACCCGCCGGUUCCUUCUUCCCCUCCACUUCCCCUUCAGCCACCAAGCCCGCACCAAUCCUCUCUUCUACUACUCGCGCAAAGUCAGCCUCGACGCCGCGCUAGCCCUCAUCUCGGGGGUUGUCAAGGACCCUGAUUUAAACCCCCCUUCAACCACCACCAACCCUAACCCUGCCUCUGAUCCCACUCACACCAGACACACCACCAAUAACCCCCCCAGCAACAGCAACAGCAACAGCAACAGCAACCUGCCCCCCAGCAAUACUCCCCCAAGCACCUUCACCCGCCUCCUCACCACCGCGGGCAGCGGCAUGUUCCGCGACGGCAUGCGCUGCGCCACAGCCGCACUCGCCCUCGAACUCCUCGCCCACGCCGACACCCAGCGGCGGCGCGACGGCUCCUGGCACCGCACGCGAGCUUUACGCGACACCCUGGCCGGGGAAAUUAGAGGGUUGAUUGCGAUGGCUGCGAGGAGGAUGAGGAAUGGGGCCGAGACGAAUGUGAAGGCGCAUAUGUUUUUGGAGAUGGUGCUUGCGCAGGUGGGGGUUGAGGAUGAUUUUCAGGGUACUGGGGAGGGGGGGGAUGCUGGGAAAGAGGGAGGGGGAAGGGGGGUGGAGAGGGCGGUGGCGGAGGCGGCGAGGGAUAGUUUGGUUUUUGCGGAGGGGGUGUUGAGGGGACGGGCGGAGGAGAGUGAAUAUGGGUUUGCGGCGGACGGGCUGUUUCAGGGGUUUGACUUUGAUGGGUUUGGCGAGGAGUUUGCGUGGGAGAGUUUGUUUCCGGAUUCGCGGUUUUGUUAG